ACCUGCUCCAACCUCAGCCUGUGGAAAGCUAAGUUUUGCAAAACAUUUUACUGUAAGCGGAUUUUACUUGAAAGCGACAACAAGUACUUCAUCUGUGGAUCGUUUGUACUUGUUUUUGUUUUUCAAGUUUGAAGAUGGCUCGCCGUGGACCCCGACUCAUCGACAGCCACCUGGACUUCGCUGCAGGGCGUCUUGACUAUGUGGUUGAACGCCCUGCAGAAGAAGGCCUUCCCGAAGUCAUCAGGAUCCUGGAUGACAGUCUCCAGAGCCCCACCUCUUCUGGUGAAGCUCAGGACACUGAUACCCAGCGUAUCAGUGAAGGUGAGUGUGGUGAGUAUUUUCCCACUCUCUCACCCUCCUCCUCUUCUGAUGAAGCUCAGGACACUGAUACCCAGCGUAUCAGUGAAGGUGAGUAUGGUGAGUAUUUUCCCACUCUCUCACCCUCCUCCUCUUCUGAUGAAGCUCAGGACACUGAUACCCAGCGUAUCAGUGAAGGUGAGUAUGGUGAGUAUUUUCCCACUCUCUCACCCUCCUCCUCUUCUGAUGAAGCUCAGGACACUGAUACCCAGCGUAUCAGUGAAGGUGAGUAUGCUCCUUCCUCACCUCUCUCAUCUGCUUCCUCAGAUGCUUCCUCUGCUGCUCCUUCCUCACCUGCUCUCUCAUCUGCUUCCUCAGAUGCUUCCUCUGCUGCUCCUUCCUCACCUGCUCUCUCAUCUGCUUCCUCAGAUGCUUCCUCUGCUGCUUCUUCCUCAUCUGCUUCCUCUGCUGCUUCUUCCUCUGCUGCUUCUUCCUCAGCUUCUCUCUCAUCUGCUUCCUCAGAUGCUCCCUCUGCUGCUCCUUCCUCAGCAAAGAGAAGCAGAGAAGACAUCUACACCGAAGAGGUAAGUGCAAAGAGGUGCAAGGUAAGUGACCAGUUUGAUGCCCCUUCAACAUCCUCAGGUAGUUUUGCAGUAAGACGUUUCUGGGAGAGGCCUUUUGAGCUUUCGCUUGAUGACAGUGACUCUGAUUAGUUUAUGUUAGAACAUGUUUUUAAACUUUGUAACUCUUGUAUUAUUGUAUUGUAUUGUUUUUUUUGUUGAUAUGUGACAUUAAUAUUAAUAUUACAUUGUGACUGAAAGGUAGGUUUUAGUUGUUAUUACUUCCAUUUUUCUUAAUAUCACAGGUAACUUUUUAAAUGAAUAAUAUAUGUUUUUCCCAAGCCCCAAUUCACCAUGCAGGACAAAGGUAAGUCUGUACUUAAUGUCAACACAAAUAAGUAGAAAAGGUUUAAAAAUGAUGCAGUGAACUGACUGUAGUCUCUUGUUUACACUUUUUCUCUCCCAGAAUUCAGCACUUCAGACACUCAACGUCCAAGAUGGAGCUAACACCCCACCCAGAAGACAGCCUUACCCCGACCAACCCGAUGAGAAGGAUGGAUGACCAAGUGAAAAACUGGAGAGUGGUGCUGUGUUCCAACUAUGGAAGCUGAGCGUGGACAGAGCUGCACAGAGGACCAAGGAUCCACUCUCAGCACUUCAUACCUGACUGGCCACAGCACCACCCCUCCUCACCUGGGUGAGGAGGGCCCUGACCCCACCUCCACAGAGGGAGUUGUGAACAUGCACUUCUGUGUCGGUGGGUUUAGGAGCCUCCUCACACACACACGGAUGAAGACUGUCACUGGAAGAUGUCUCCAUUGCAUCAGC